AUCAGAGGGACACGUAGGGAGUUCCACUGGCGCCGAUGCAGGUGUCAGUGGAUCCCGGACCGAUUGAUCCUUCAGUCCUGACAUUGCAGGCCACGCACCGGAGCGAGGAUGUGUGGCGUGGCCUGGAUGUUCAGGUAGAUAGGUGUCGUGAGCACCUACGCAGUAUAUUCCACACGGGGGUGGACGACAGGAUUCUACAUUACGUUCGAUUAGCUGGGUUUUAUGGUGUUCACAGAUUAGUUUCGACUCUGCAUAUAGAUAGAGCAUUACUUAUCGCUCUACUUGAGCGUUGGAGGCAGGAGACUCACACGUUCCAUUUACCGGUGGGUGAGGUCACGAUCACAUUAGGAGAUGUGGCUGUAUUGGCAGGUCUACCGAUCGAGGGUCGGGCAGUUACUGGGACUGCAUGUAGACUGUGGGUUGAUUUGGUACACAGAUUGUUGGGAGUACGGCCACACCCUGGGACAGAUAUUCGGGGGUCCGCCUUGAGGAUGGCUUGGUUGAGAGAGCAUUUUGUUGGUUUACCUGCUGAUGCUGAUGACGAUGUUGUGCAGUAGUACGUGAGAGCCUACAUUCUGAUGCUUAUGGGAGCUUCCACGUUUGCGGACAAGAGCAGGAAUGAGGUGCAGGUCUUGUAUUUACCCAUUCUAGAGUCUUUUGAUGUAGCUGCAGUUUAUAGCUGGGGUAGUGCGACUUUAGCAUACCUAUAACGGCAGUUAUGUCGAGGUUGCCAUCGUGACGGUGGAGAGAUGGGUGAGUUUUUAUUGCUCAUACAGCUAUGGUCAUGGGAGCACAUUCAUAUCGGCAGACCUGUCAUACUGCGAUAUCAUGGGGUAGAUGGUGGUCCUCUUGAUGAUGAUAUGGAUCAGCACGCUGUACUUGGGCCACAUCAUGUUCGUGGCGAGGAUCCUUUGGGUCGUAGAUGGCUAUUUGCUCAUGUCACGCGCACGUCAUCCGUUGCUGGAUUAGGAUACUACCGAGAUGCUUUAGAUCGCUUGUGUGAUGAUCAGGUAUAUCAUUUAUAUCAUUACUAGUUGUGUUACGCGCGUUGCGCGAUAGAAAGAUGCCCAAUAAUAAUACUUUGUAUGACUUAAUAGCACUAUCAUUGUUUUUAUGUAAUAUUUUCUUCUAAAUUCACUAAUGCUUACAAAAUCAUAUAGAUAAAAUCACAUUUUAAAGAAGUUUUAAUCUUCAAUCAAAAUGAUUUAAAACAUAAAUUCAAUAGGGAAAAAUACAUUUGUGAGUAGCAAAUACAUACACGCGAUCUAAAUUACACAAUGAAUUGAAAAGGUUUAAUUUUAACAAAAAAA